GGAGAGCGUCGCCGCUCUGCGUGAGUAGGGCUGCCCCUCGACGCCGUCGACGCGCCAGGAUGGGCCCGCCGGCCUACGACGGGACGCGCCACGCCGCCGGGACCCACGGCCUGCGCUGGGGCCCCAACAAUGUCGUGAGCAGUGGGUGCCGCGACGGCAGCGUGGCCCUCUGGGACCCAAACACCAAGACCAACAUGAUAUUAGGGGGAGGCCACGACGGCGACGCGGAUCCGACGGGGCGCUGGGUGCGCUGCACGGCCUGGAGCCCGGACGGGAGCUUGCUGGCCUCGGGCGGGCCGCGACGCGUCUGCGUCUGGACGGCCGAAGGCGAGUUGAAGUGUUCCCUCAACCUGGCCUCGGCGACGGCCGUCGCUGAGAAUGAAGACGACCCCGAGCCCUACUACGUCUUAGGGUUGUGCUGGGUCGACGAGACCACGCUGGCCAUCGGCGGCGGCUCGCACGACGUGGCCGUCUGGAAGCUCGAGGAGGGCAAUCUCCGGUUUUCCCUCGCGUGCCACGACCACGAGGAUUCCAUCAGGUGCCUCGCGGCGUGCAACGGGCGGUUGGCGUCCGGUUCUGAUGAUUGCACCGUGAGGGUCUGGGACGGCACGCCCGCGCCGUCCGAUAUUAUUACAAGGGGCUUCGGCGCCGCCGUGACGUGCGUCUGCUGGUCGCCGGACGGCGCGCUGCUGGCGGCGGGUUCCGCGGACUCGUCUGUUCGCGUCGCGCGCGCGGAGGCGGGCCGCCAAUUCGGCGCCGUGGCCUGGGUCUGGCGCGGCAACGCUGAAAAAGUGACGGCGGGCGUCGCUUCCAUUGAUUUCAGCCGGGACGGCACGCGUUUAGCUGUGGCGGCCGAGGGCCGCGUUUUUGUCUUCGGGGGUGUCCUGGACGCGACGUUAGGUGAUAUGAUGGCCUGUAUCGACGCGCCGGGUUUACGUUAUGAUGUCCAGUUCGCGCCGGACGGCCGCCAGUUAGUUUAUGGGAGGUCGCUGAAGCGCGAGCCGGUCGCGUCGGACAACGUCGGCGACGAGUGGCCCGUGGCGUUCGUCGACGCGCCGCUGAUCGACGAUGAUCCGUACUGAACGACGACCCGUACUGAAGCAGGCUUGGUGGGGAGUAAGUUGCGGGGAUGCAG